CUCUGUUCCCCUCUCUCAAGACUUCAGCAUCUCGCCGCCGGUUGCAAGCUCCCGACUUUGGCUUCUUCAACAAUCUCCGGUCAACAACUCUCUCUCUAGUGUUGUUGCGAUCUGUGAGAAUCGGCUGUUUGAGUAAUCGUUGACUACUAUUUUUGUAAGUAGAAUUUUCCUACUGCUUAGCAAUUGAAAUGGUGACACUUUGUAGAUGGAUGCGCUCAAACAUCCCGGCGCCCCGGAGUUCAAGCCGACGGUGGCUAUAACAGGAACCGCCUCUGAAGGCAGAGCAGGCCCGCAACUGGGUUCCGUCGACAUAGGAGUCAGCCACGAAGCUUACCUCUUCCGGGUAACACUUCCUGGCGUCCGCAAAAAUCACGGGGAUGUGAAAUGCAGGAUCCAGCGAGAUGGAUCUGUGCAAAUACAAGGGGUACGGCCGCCCACUUCAGAUUUUCUGGGUAGCUUCCCUGGAGAAUUCAUGCUGAAGGUUGAAGAACUCUGCCCCAGCGGGACCGUUCGGAUUGGGUUUAAGUUGCCUGGACCGGUUGAACCAAGGCUCUUUGUUCCUACUUACCGGGACGGGAUACUCGAAGGUGUGGUGAUGAAAUGCAGGAUGCCAAGUGCUGCUUCUCCUCUAGAUGGCUCAUCAAAACCAAGUGAUGCUUCUCCUCUAGCUGGUUCAUCGCAACCCGAUUUCAAGCUUUGAGGAUAUGGCCAAGACCUCGAUGGAUCUCGCGACAUUUGUUCUGACCAACAAGCAUCCAACCCAUUAAGUUAAAGGGUAAUGCAUAUGAUAUGGUAUGAUAUGAACAAUGUACCCUACUUCCCUUGAUGUCUUCGACUAAUUACUCCAUUCUAUUCUUACAAAUGAGCCGGUGACUAGUUGUGACAAGAAUGCAGUGUGUUCAUUUUCAGGAUGAGAUAUUGGUUAACCUGUUUAAACAUUCCUUUAGCCUUUGUGGAUCAUAAGGCGUCUCGAUAGCCUUGUUGAGUUUGAAUUUAUAUUUGCAAAUUAGGAUAUGUGAAACCAGG